AUGCGUGCUGCGUUAUAUUCGACGCUUUCCGCCUACCGCACUUUCAACUCAUUAAUCUUGGUUCUUUUGGGGUUUGAGGCAAAAAUUGCAAAAGAACUUUAUGAUGCGAUUUCUAAUCUCAGUGAACUCGUCAAAAGUCUUAUGGGGAAAGUUUCCAUGAGCGCGGACCGGCCACCGGACCUCGGAAAAUCAGCGGGGACAGGUCUUUUUGGAAACGCUGAGCAUCGUGAACUGGUAGCCUUAGACUUCUUGAAGGGAACGAAAAAAGUCGUGAAAAUUUUAGAGACAUCAAUUAGAAGCACGCGUUUUCCACCUGAUCAACAGAUAUUGGCCGCUGUCCGCGAAAGAAUGGCACUUGACCAUAUAAAUGAAGCCCUCGUCAAAUUUCUUAUCAUCCUUCAAAGGCACAACCUCGCUUCUCCCGAGUGGCUCGAAAAUGUAUUGAACAAGCAACAAGGAGUUGAAAUCAUAUUCAACUACCUCGCGCACUUCGGUUUUUUGGGGUGGCAUUGGCUAGAGCGGUUACAUCUAAUGAACCAGCUGUCUGCGUUCGAUGGUCGCUUUGGUGACGUGGCAACGAAUUUCUGGUACUACACAUUACCGUAUUUCUUGAAGGAAGAUGCGAAUCAUAAGUUACAAGAAAAAAAUAUCAAAAAAUUGUUGUCGGAAUUGAUGAAACAGAUCAGAGAUAUCAGCAAAUCAUCCGGGAAGAUCAGCAUAUCAUCGCCUCCAAUCAUGGAAAUCUUGUCCUUGAAAGUUUUACACAGUAUGGUGCGAUUCUUGGGCCGAUAUCACAUCCGCUUGUGGGUGAAUGAGGAGGGUAGACGGAUAAGAAAGGAUGCUAAACGGUUCCGAGAGCUUGAUAACAUAAUCAUGCUGUUCUCUGAUCUAAUCAAAUCAGUCUAUUUCCAGUAUGGCCAGUCCACGCAAAAAAUAAUCCCGUUCUGGAAUCUCGACGACUCUAUCGCGAUGAUUUACUUGUCGGAUAUCAAUAAGAGCGCUCAGCCUGCGACAGUCGAAUUACUCGCUGAAAAAAUCGCCCAUUAUCAAAAAUAUCCUCAGCUUCCCUAUUUUCAACCGAUGAUAAAUAACAUUUUUAAGGGUCUCGGCGACACUCAAAACCACGAGGCACGUCGGCGGCUCGAUGGACUGAAACUAAUUUUCCUGAAUCCUGAGAAAAUUUACACUGCAACAUGA